GUCAUCAGGCAGCGCCGCGCUCCUGUUUGUUGUGAAUCUACUCGAGAAAGAACAGCAGAUUAUUAUAAAGAUGGCGUUUAUUAAAGAGGAGAGUGAAGACAUCAAGAUUGAAGAAACAUUCACAGUCAAACAUGAAGAGACUGAAGAAGCUUUCAGAGUCAAACAUGAAGAUCCUGAGGAACAAACAGACCUGAUGCAACUCAAAGAGGAGAGUCAAGAUCAGGAUGAGAUUGAAGAGGAGGAUCAAUAUGAGGAAAUAUCUGAAGAAGAACCAGAACAGAGAAGAACGUCUUCAGAAACAACAGCACAGAUGACCGAAUCUAAUACCUGCCCUCAGUGUGGAAAGAGUUUCACUAGGAAACAAUCCUUUACAAACCACAUGAGGAUUCACACUGAGGAAAAGCUUUACACCUGCCAACACUGUGGAAAGAGUUACACUCGGAAACAAACGUUUACAAACCACAUAAGAAAUCACACUGGAGAAAGGCCGUACACUUGUCAACACUGUGGAAAGAGUUUCAUAUGCAAACAAAACCUUAAAAACCACAUGAAGGUUCACACUGGAGUAAAGCCCUACACUUGCCUUGAGUGUGGAAAGAGUUUCACCCGGAGACAAAACCUUACGGAGCAUAUAAGGAUUCACACUGGAGAAAAGCUUCACGGUUGCCCUCAGUGUGGGAAGAGCUUCACUUGGAAAAAAACCCUUAUUGAGCAUAUGAAGGUUCACAGUCGAGAGUCUGCUAAGAGGACAGAGUUUCAGAUAUAAACAGUCCUUUGAGUCCCAUGUGAUGCUUCAUAAUAUAUAAAACACCUGUCGAUUGUGUGGCAAGGACUUAACGUGCAGAGAUUCACACUGGAGAUAAGCUGGUAUGUGUUUUGAAAUUGUGAGUAUAAAGUAAAUCUUUCAGUCA